CGCAAGAUUCACAUCACGCAAUUCCUCGUCUUCUCCAGUCACGUAUGACUUCCUCUACCAAUCCCGAGCAGCGUCCAGAGGGCGAAAGUACGAAUUCCGAAGGUAGAAUCCCUCGAAGGACACCGAUGGCGUGUCAGUUCUGUAGGGGUCGUAAAUUGAAGUGCGAUGGUCGUCCGACUUGUGCAAACUGCAGCCGCCGUAAUAUACCGUGUGUCUACGUUCCUGUCUCUGCGCAGAAUCAACCUGCACCGGCAUCAUGAACGGUCUACUAAGACCCUCACGUCGAUUUAGUAGUGCUUUCAGCCAUGUCCUGCUUCUUGAGCUACAUACCAUCAGUUGUUUCCUCGGCUCAGAGCGUAAGGAAUACUCACUUGCCCGGC